UGAAGGAAGAUUCUAUUGAAGGCAUCUACAAGACGUUGAAGACGUGUGCCAUGUGCCGUGAUUUCGAAAACGGGUGGCGGCAUUGGCUUGUUCAUAAUAUUGGGGUCUCUGGGUUUUACAAUGAGAAACUAAUGGUUACUCGA